AGUUAGCAUUUAGCAUAAGGAGCUAACCAACGGGGAGGGUGUAAUGGCGGCCUCGGUGUUGUUGGGCUCUGCGGACAACACCGGACUCAACUUCACGGUGGGAGGCGGCAGCGGCAGUGGCGGCGCCGGGAACGUUUUAAUAGGCAGCAACAAUGGACUGGGACCGGUGCAUUUGAACCGUUCUCUGGACCGUGCUCUGGACGAAGCCGCGGCCACCGGGUUUCUCAACCUCAGCGGCAGGAAACUGAAGGAGUUCCCCCGGGGCGCAGGCACACACGACCUGAGCGACACCACCAGGGCCGACAUUUCUCGUAACCGCCUGUCAGAGCUUCCAGUGGAGGUUUGUCUCUUGGUGUCUCUGGAGAGUUUAAACGUUUAUCAAAACUGUGUGAGAUCUCUACCAGAUCACAUGAUCAAUCUCCAGGCCCUCACCUACCUGAACCUCAGUCGGAACCAGCUGUCCGUGCUACCUGUGGUCCUGUGCAGUCUCCCCCUAAAGGUUCUGAUCGCAUGCAACAACAAGCUGGUUGCUCUUCCUGAGGAAGUGGGUCAGCUGAGACACCUGACUGAGCUGGAUGUCAGCUGUAAUGAGAUAAGGACGCUGCCUUCUCAGGUCGGGCAGCUGGAGGCUCUGCGAGACCUAAACAUUAGGAGGAACCACCUGGUGACACUUCCUCCAGAGCUGGCCGAUCUGCCUCUGGUGCGACUGGACUUUUCCUGUAACAGAGUGACUUCCAUCCCGCUGUGCUACAGACGACUGUCCCAGCUGCAGACCAUCGUCCUCGACAACAAUCCCCUGCAAACGCCCCCAGCGCAGAUCUGCAUAAAGGGCAAAGUGCACAUAUUCAAGUUCCUCAACCUCGAGGCCAGCAAGACGACCCCUGACCUACCAGAGUAUGACAGGCGACCUUUAAACUUCGGCUCCUGUGUUGAUGAGCUAUACCCUGGUCGAUCGUAUGGAGCGUUGGAUUCUGGCUUUAACAGUGUUGACAGCGGAGACAAGAGAUGGUCAGGAAACGAGUCUUCCCGCCCUCAGCCGUCAGAGGAGCUGUCGGAGGCGCCGUCACGUGCGAUGGACGUCAACAAAGAGUCCAAACGGGUCGCAGCUGGACCGCCCCUGCUGGCCAACGGAACACAUGAGCUGGAGCAGAUUGACUUCAUUGACAGCGUGGGGGGGGAGGAGGAAGAGGAGGAGCGGAGGGUUGGUGGGGGAGGGGCGGGAGGGGCUGCAGGAGGAGGCGGAGACCGCACCAGCCUCAGCUCACAGUUUAUGGCGUACAUUGAGAGACGCAUCAGCAAGGAGGGUUCACCAGGCAAAGCGAACUCGUCCAGAGCGGACGAUUCUAGACCAAGACAGAGCAGGAACCUAGUAGACGGCGCCACGGCGCCCUCUAGCAGCCAGGGCCAGAGGGGUGGCAAUGUGGAGAAGAUUAGGCGAGAGGCUCAGCUUGCCGCUCUGAGGUAUGACGAGGAGAGACACAAGAGCCGCCCAGUGCAGAGAGACGCCAAGAGUAAAGCGGUUCAGAGUCCAACCAAGUCAAGUCCAGAGAGUAAGAAUGUCUACCCCUCUAGACGCUCCACCCACACCGAUGACUCCGCGCUCUUCAUGCAGGGAGAAGACAGAACCAGUCUGUCUCCAACAGCCAAUCCAUCUUACCCAACCUCAGGGGGCGUGGCCCCCUGUCGGACAUCCAAUGUCCGACCAGAGAGCUUCCUGUACCGCCUCAGCCAGAGGGAGGAAAAGAGGAAAGAGAAUGUUGCUGCUCCCCAUCACCAGGAGGAGGUGCCAUCGGCUCCCGUCGAGCUCGGACAGGACUCUGAGCUAGUAGAGCAGCUUAGGAAGAAUAUCGAGUCUCGCCUCAAGGUGUCGUUGCCUAGCGACAUGGGGGCAGCGCUGACAGACGGCGUAGUGCUGUGUCACCUGGCCAAUCACGUGCGGCCGCGCUCUGUCCCCAGCAUUCACGUCCCCUCGCCUGCCGUGCCUAAGCUCACCAUGGCCAAAUGUCGGCGAAACGUGGAGAACUUCCUGGAGGCGUGUCGCAGAAUGGGCGUUCCUCAGAGUCACUUGUGUCUUCCUCUUCACAUCCUGGAGGAACAAGGGCUUCCCCAGGUGGCCGCCACAGUCGGCGCGCUGCUCGGCCUGGCCCCACCCAGACACGCCGUCGCCACGACGACGACGUCGUCAUCCGCACCCACAGCCGGAGCCUCUGUCAUCAUGUAGUCCCGUCGACACACUCUCAUGCACACUGCGGUUUUAAGCAUGUCCCACGGUCUGUUUACACACUCGUUAGCAGCGCCUCAAGUCUACAAGGAAGGUUACAAAAGUUUCUUUGUAUAUAUUGUUGUUUUUUUUAUUUAAGUUAAAGCGCAAGUUUAGAACUUGUGCAUUGUUGACACUAAACGCUGUUCCUCAAAAGAAAAAACUUUGUCAAGUGGAUGCUUUUUAGAAUGCAACUAAACUAGCUCGACGCGAGCACAGCCAACAUUCAGUCGGAUGGAAAAGGAUGGCGGGCAACUCGAUUCCUGCUAACAUUGCUAAUGAUACUAAACACAUGCUCAUUCAUGCAAAUGAGUAAACAUCCAGACACACGUUGGGUUUUAUUCGGAAAUAGCUUUAAAUGUAUAUUACAUUUGGCUAAAAGGGCCUUACUAUUUAUUGGAAUUUUAUUGAUUUUAAUUUCUGUCGAUGUCAACAGAAAGACGACACGUUGGCACCUGACCCAGACAAACGUACAUUGGCUUCUUCUUUGGUGGUGUUGUGUCCAAGCGUCCACUGACACUGUUUAACGCUUGAGAACGCAAACAAAGGAUAUAGUUUUGUUCUAUGCUAACCAUGUUAGCGCUCCUUGUGGCUAACAUGCUUUGUGUAAAGGCUUCGAUCUUUUUUUGCUCUUUUUUUUUUUUUUUAUCCAUGUGACACAUCCCUAACUGUCUAACAGACCGACGUCUCUUCUACCAACAUUAUUUAGCACCUUGUUUUUGAUCAUAUCAGUUUCUAAUAUUUCCCAGUGACUAUUCCGAGAUCACGUCAUAUGGACCUUCAUCAGCUGAGUGACUGUGAAAUGUUGGGAAGUGCCUGUUUGGUAGUUGAGCCUCCUGUUGCAUUGUGGAACAUGGCAUGUCCUUUGACCUCGAGCAGGUGGCAGUGUGUGCCCGUCUACUCCUUUGUAUCUGUGUACAAAAUAUAUCAUGUAAAUAAAAAAACUGUAUAUAAAAGAUUGAAACUUGCUGUGUUGCCAUGACAACGCAGCAUCUUUCUGGCUCAGGCAGACACAAUCCCUGAUGAGAGGUUAAAGUUGAAUUAAUGUCCACAGGCAGCAGUUUCCGUCUGACAUAAGUGAAUCUCUGACGCACUCUAAAGUGUGUGUCGGUUACCGAGACAACAGCCAGGCUUGCACUUGUUUAAGGCUUUAAAAGAAAAUUCCACUUUUUUUUAGCAUAUCAAAGUGUUUGACACAUUUUCACUUGUUGGUCUUUUGCUGUAAAAAAACAACAUUUGAACACAUCUGUCAAAUAAAUAUUUGAAUUUGAA